GGUCUUGUUACUUGCGAUCGUGGCGAUAAGUUGGCCAAGCAUAAGGUUUAUUUCGCCCGUAAAGACAAUGAGGGUCGUCAAUUUAAAACUCUUAUGGAAGUCAUUGAUUAUGUCAAGCCUACCGCUUUAAUAGGCUUAAGUUCCACCGGUGGUGUAUUUGAUGAAAAUAUAUUAAAACGUAUGGCUGAACUUAAUAAAAACCCUAUCGUCUUUCCAUUGUCAAAUCCAAUGGUAAACGCGGAGUGCACUUUUGAAGAUGCGAUGAGAAAUACCGGUAAUCGUGUCAUAUUUGCUUCGGGUACUGGUUUCCCUCCAUUCAUUGAACCUGAUACUGGAAAAAUACGCCCUGGUCUAGGUUUAGGUGCAAUUCUUGCCCGUCCUGAUCGAAUUACUGACCGCCAAAUAUACGCUUCUGCUUCUGCACUCGCUGAGUCACUUACUACUGAAGAAGUCGAUCAAAACUUCCUUUACCCUGCAGUUCAACGAAUUCGACGCGUAUCAGCUGAAGUAGCUGCAGCUGUAAUCGUAACAUCUGUGGAUGAAGGUCUUGCUCGUAAUCCAGAGAUCAUUUCAUUGGUUAAGCAAAAUUUGCCUAAACUUCUAUCUAAAAGUGGUGAAAAAUGGCAUGAAUUGGUGAAAUACGUUGAAGAAAGAAUGUGGGAUCCUAAUAAUGAAAAGUUUUUUGAAAAUGAAACUUUGAUUGAAAAAA